ACGGUUGAGUCCAAAUGGCUGAGUCUAUUUUGUUUGGCUGAAAACAUUUGUAAUUAUAUAUGUAAAUACACUAAAUUGUGACCUUAGUCCCUUCUUUUUGUAUAGAUGGAGGAAGCACGCAAGUCAUUCAGUUCUGUAGAAGAAGAGAAAAAUUACUGGAAAGAGCAGACAAAGAAUCUACAAACGGAGUAUAAUGAGUUGAAGGAGGAAUUCAGUGAGUUCCAAAUUGGGAGCCAGGAGCUGGAAUCUGAGCUGGAAAGCCAUUUAGAGCAGCUGGAGAAGAAGAACAAGGAUCUUCUAAGCAGCAGUGCGCGCCUGCAGAUGGACUGCGAAACCUACAGGGAGAAGCUAGAAAAUGGCACCAGGGAGAGCCACCAGGCGAUUACCAGCAUGCAGACGGAACUUGGACAGGUGACACAGAUGAAAGACGAUUUAAUAAAAUACAUACGCGAGCUGGAGCAAAGCAACGAUGACCUGGAGCGUGCUAAGAGAGCAACCGUGGUCUCGUUAGAAGAUUUUGAAGGACGUUUGAAUCAGGCGAUCGAGAGGAACGUGUUUCUGGAGAGUGAGCUAGAUGAGAAGGAGAGCCUCCAGAUCGCUGUGCAAAGACUGAAGGACGAGACGCGAGAUCUAAAGCAGGAGUUGGCAGUUCACGGGGCUGAGGAAGGCGAGGAGACGAACAAUGAACAGAUCAAGAAGGAGAAGAAUGAUAUAGAGAAGGAAAACAAGAUGAUUUCCUCUCCAGUGUCACCGUUACCAAAGACACCUGGAACCCCGCUUAUCAAAGGUUACUCACAGUCAGGCGACCUUCAGAAUACUCCACUGACGCCAUCUGCACGCAUAUCUGCACUCAACAUCGUCAGUGACCUCUUGCGCAAAGUUGGGGUUUCGUUGUGCUUUUGCGCUCCGUCAAUCCCGUGGGACUCGCCGCUUCGUAUUCCCACGACUCUGGAGUCAAAGCUGGCAUCGUGUCGACAGUUAGUGGACCAGAACGGCACCCCCGUGCAUGCUGCUUACAGGCACCUCAAGGUCAGCCCAGCUAACUCCCCCAGAGCAAAGCGUAUGCACCGAGGGGAGACGCUUCCAGCUAAGAUCGUUUUGUGAAGAGGCUAUGGCGGCUCGACGUCACAUCUGCUGGAUGAAUGCAUCGUACGAGCAAUGGGAGUUGGGCAUGCACGAGCACAUAUAUGUUAGCUAGGUUUCGACUGUCGUCUCUAGCCUGUUUUAUCAUUCUGGUUUUGCUGGCUUCGAGUUUGGACUUCUUGCCGUAAAAAAAACGUAGCGUGACUCAUCUGUAAAGUGAGUGAUUGUUGAUGUAUGUACAAAUCGCGCGGUCUCGCUUCUUCAAAGCAGUUGCAAUCAUAUUGAUAUGAUAUUUGGUGAAGUUACCAUCUUCCUUAAUCAGAAGAUUUAUCUAUCUCGUCACUUCUCGUGUAUAUUAUGCUCAUCUAGAUGGCUAAUUUCUAGAUUUGCUAUGAAAUAAUUGGGCCAUUAUCUAGAUGGCUGUUGUAGAUUAGCUCAUUUAUAUUGUCUAACUAAUUUGGAUUUUAAUUCUAGUAUUGUGACUUUCUUGUGCAAUGUUAGUUAAUUAACGUUAUUUUCUUCUUUCUUUCCACUAUUUCUGUUGCAACCACAGGGCCACGUUUCCAACCACUGAUGGUCCAUUUCGGGAAUACUCCUUCAUAUGUGGUUUGCACAUUUUAAUUGCUAGCAGUGGUUUGUGAAGAUCGAAUCAAUACAAAUAUGAUAUUUCUGAAUUUCCUUUUCUGAAAUAUUCUUGUUUUUCAUGAGCUACUACUGCUGGUGUUGCUACUACAACUACUACUACUGCUGCUGCUGCUACUAGUACUAUUAUGAAUAGUUCUACUACUACUACUAGUACUGAGUCUACUACUAAUAAUGAUAUGUAAACCAAUCAUUAAUAUAAGAGCAGUGUUAAUAUUAUCCAAAUAUGGUAAUUUUAAAUAGAACCCACAUGUUUUUGUAAUUGGCAAAAUAAUUACAAUUAGUUGGGUAGGGUAACUUAUUUAUUUGCUCGUUGGCCGGACAACACGUCUUGAAGCCACAACCUGUAUAGAGGUAUAUUUAUUUUCAGCAUUUAGGUUAGAAAAAGGCAAUUGGAUGUUUGAAUAGCUGCAUUGCGUGCAGUGCAGAUGUAAAGAUGUAUGCAUUAGUGGUUUCAGGUAAUCUUGUCUCACGUAUUGUUGUAUAUUCUGGGAAUGGGAAGCGUUGAGAUGUCAUCGACUAGAAUGGACUCAAUUAUUUUAACAGUAGUUGGAAAUUUGGAUCCUCAUUAAAUAAUAGAGUUUAAUGUGUAAUAUCAUAAUUGAACUGAUAAGUCUAAGCACUUGGCUUAAUGUAAUACAUUUUAGUCAGAGACAGUGUUUAUAUAAUAUAGAUAGUAAUCAGAAAUAAGGAGAUAAUGUAUAAAACUCCUGCUGUGUCAUCAGUAUAGAGAUUUAGAAUAUAAAGCAUGAUUGAUAUAACCGAUGUUUAUUUAUUUAAACAGAGUAAAUUUUGGAGCAUCUGGUCUUGAUCACAGUUCACGUACUCAGUUUUACAUAAAUUACAGUUCAUAAAAAUUGUUUGUUUAAAUGAAUAGACAUCACUUAAUUCAAUCCUGCUUUAUAUUCAAUAUAUAUAUAAACACUUACACACUCACAGUGUGACAUAUAUAGUAUAUAAUGUGAGUCGACUGUCAUUGUCAGCAAUAUGAUAGGUCUUUUGGUCGUUUAACAGUGGUUUCAAAUGGGUUCUCACAACGAUGUGGUAAUGAAUAUCCUGGCGUGGUUCCAGCGUUCUUGACGAGCGCGUGUGCGGGUAUUAUUACCGGAACAAAGCAUCAGUAGAGGGCUUAUAAUUCUAUGUACUAAGCCAUCCGCAGCUUCGGGUGUUUGUGCGUGAAGCUGUAGGGAACAAAGUGGAUGCAAGUCAGGUGUUUACGGAUUAUUAGGGUUGGCCUGUCACUAGAAACGUCGUCAGGGCUAUAGCUUCCAAGAGGGACGAAAAAGGGGUUAGUGCCCCCUCCCACCUAGAUUGUGGAGCAAAGUGAACUAAUGAGCUUUAUAAAUAAAUGUAAAUAAUCCCAACGUGAGUGUCAAUAACAAUAUAACAAAAUUAUCCUUUCAGUCUAAUCUCAUCUUACGUGUGGUUUAUUUCUGAAAAAUAUUUGCCAUUACUCUGCUGGUCUCAAAAUUUCGCUUUUGUAUGAAACUGAAUCAUUUUCUUAGUCACCUUCUGACUAACUGCGUGCUACAGAAUGACCGCAAGUGUUUUUCGUUGAUCGUUCUCCGACAGUGUCUGAUGGCAAUGUUCCUGACUUGCCUGACAGGGUAUAAACCUUCUCAUUGAGGUGGGAGGGCUGUAGCCCUGCUGCCCCCUCUGGUGUCACCCUUAGCUACGGCCUUGUGAUCUAGCCGUACUUCUGCCCCUGGAUAUCCAUUACCGCUUCCUAUAUGCUGCUAGUCUUGACAUGAACGUUUAGAUAUUAGUGUGUGUUCUACUGCGUAUAUAGUUGUGAUGCAUCUGUCCGUUUGCAAAUUUUAAUGUCGUGUGGUUUUCAAUAGACAUGGUUAAAAUAGAUGUGGCUGACAGUGGACUGCAUGCAGCAGAACCCUUCAUGCACUGUAUGCUGUAUGUAUGAGAGUAGCGAACUCACUGCAAUAUUGGCUGCAAAUUUAGGCCACUUUUGGGAUGGCGCCAACUGUCACCAUUGCUAAUUUCACUUGGAGUGAUCAUGAGGUCGUUAAUUAGCGAGUGAGCAGUGGAGACAUUAUUAGUUAUGCAUACGAUGAGCCGUGACGUCAAAAGAAGCUAUAUGACGGUCAUAUAGCUUCUUUUGACGUCAGGGCUCAUCGUAUGCAUAACUAAUAAUGUCUUCACUGCUCACUCGCUAAUUAAUGACCUCAUGAUCACUUGAUGACGUCGCCAGAGUGGCGACGUCAUCAUGUUUCACGCUGGUCGAUGAUGUCAUCAUUUAUGGUACUGAGAGUAAUGAAAUCGAGCUGGUAAAUCACAUGAAGCUCUACUGAUUGAUACGUUGUACUUUAAUUUGACUGCAACAUACCCAAAAUUAAAUUGUAUCAUACUGACAUGAAAAUGAAAAUAUUUCACUACGAAUUA